GAGCUUAGAGAAGGCCGGCCUUUUGCAGGAGACCAGUGGGAUUGGCGCUUCCUUUGGAGAGGCCGGGCUGCUGGCCGUGUCCGAAACCGCACCAGUGACGGCGACGUCCUUGGAGACGUCCCUGAUCCAAGUGCUCCACCGACAAGUCUUCCACCGUGGCUUGGCGCGCUUCCCCAGCCAGGUGGAGCACUUCGACCAUUUAGCCGUGAAACUGCUGUCGCAUGAAAAUGCCUUGGAGAAGGUGCCCAUUUUGGAGGGCUGUUCCGAGCAGUUCAAGCAACAGUUGGCGCAGCGGUGCACCACGCGACUGCUGCGAGAAAAUGAAUGCUUGGUCCAGAAGAGUUCCACCCGAGGAUCGCUCUGCGUGGUUCGCAGCGGGUCGGCGGUGGCCGAGGAGGUGGUCCGGCCCAGGCCUGGCACCGAGAGCCCCAGGAUGGCCAGCGAGAGGCGUUUCUACAAGUGGGACGUCGUCAACGCAGAUGUGGUGCUGGGCUUGGUCCCAUGGGCGCCGCAGAACGUGAUGGUGGACAACUUUUGCGCGGUGACAGAGAUCCAGGACACGGACUUCAUCAACAUCUUGCAAAACUUCCCCGAAGAGGUGCCUCCAUUGGUUUCGCGCAUUUCCAUCCUGUGGCCCUUGGAGGCAUCUCAAGUUCCCUUCCUCAGCGGCAUGAGCCAAAGUCAUUUCGCUUCACUCUUGGAGGACUCCCAAUGGACCAUGCACAUGGCUGAUCGCACGGUCGUCAGGCAGAACAAGGAGGGUGAUGCCUUGCAUCUACUUUGCUACGGUCUCGCCGUCCGCGUGGUGGACGACGUGGUCUUGGGAAAUCCUUUGGUGCAAGGCGAAGUCAUUGGCCGGGCGAACUUCUUGGGCUUGGCGAAGCGCUACCCCCUGACGGUCCGAACGCAGAGUGUGUGCCACUUUCGAACCUUGACCUAUCGACAGUUGCAACAGCGUAUGGAGACGGAGUUCCCCUUGAGGGAGUGGUAUGAGCUGGCCAAAGUUCAGGUGCAGAACUUUGUCGAAUACGACCAUGCUCAGCAGAAGGUGGAGAUUUUUCAUGCCAAGAUGAGGCGUCGGACCGAGCAAGCCUUCAACAAGCACGUGCACUUUACCAGGGUGAUCCGAGCCAAGAAGGAAGGCACUCUCGACCCGGAAAGGCCAAGGAGCUGGUGCAGGAGUUUCUGGAGUCGACCAGGCGGAGCGGGUUCGUGCGGCGCUCACCUCCGCGCGGGAAGUCAGUGA